AUGGAUAAUGCCAGCUACCACUCAAGACGCCUGGAAAAAAUCCCAGUUACUAGUUGGAAAAAAAUAGAUAUUCAAGAAUGGCUUUCAUCAAAGCAAAUUUCUUUUGAGGCAAAGGAAACAAAAGUCCAGCUUUUGAAAAAGGUGAAAGAUGUCAAGUUUCAGUACCAAUCGUACGUGGUCGAUGAGCUGGCAAAAGCAGUUGGUGUGGAGGUAUUGAGAUUACCUCCGUACCAUUGCGAAUUGAAUCCCAUCGAACUAGUGUGGGCAGACGUCAAGGGGUAUGUGGCCCAAAAAAAUACAACAUUUAAGAUGGCAGAUGUUAAAAAGCUGCUCCAGGAGACUUUAGGCAAUAUUUCAGCAGAAAAAUUGCAUCAGUCACGUAAAAAAAGAGGAAUCGAAAUUAGCUAG